GGUCGAGAGGCGCAACACGGCCGCGGAUUCGAGUCAGCAGCUCUCCUCGGGCAGCCUCGGGCCACACAUGCAUCACCGCCAGCUAGCGCAGCACUCUUCCGAGCACGCCCAACAGCAUCCCCACGGCAGUUUCCGCAGCCCGCAUAUGCAGGGAUCGGCGCCUGCGCCGCACGGAUCGCAGGACUCUGAUCGGUCCAUUCAACGCACCGACACCCUGAUUGUUCGCCAUUCGCCGCCGCCAACGCUGGGUCCGCAGUAUGCAUCGCCAUCGGGGGCAUCAGCACAUCGUGAUCGCGAACGGGACCGAGACGAGCGUGGGCACGAUAUGCGUCCAUCACCCUCCCAUGCCUCGCUGACAGGGCCAACCCAGGAUCGCCUGGAAUCCCGUUCUGAACUGGGUCGAAGUCCGCGCCCGCACUACACCGACGAACGUGAGCGUCGACCUAGAGAAGAUGAACAAGGAGGGAUGUCGCACUCUACCUCGCUAUCCAAUGGUCCUAUGAGCGGGGGCCCAUCUUCCGCCUCGAACUCUCCUGCCGAGACCGGUGUUGCCACCACGAGUAAACCUUCUCCCCCUGCCACCGACCGCCCUAGUAGAGCUCAUUCGCCCUCGCAGCUCAUGGACCUAGACGCUGAUGCGGACGCGGAUGCAGAUGGCGAAGCCGAGGUGGAUACUGGUAUCGAUGCAGAUGCCGAUGCAGACGCUGACGCUGAUGCAGACGCUGACCUCCUGGAAGCCGUCGAUGCUGCAGAAGCAAACAACACUUCCUCUGAUGAAUGGCUAAAGAAAGAAGAAUCUUAGGACACCAUUUUCCGAAUGUCGUCGCUGCUCUAAUAAAUGUACCGCUACGCUCUCUCCUUUUUGGGUCGCUGAUGUUGGUUCUAUCUGUAUCAAUGCACGUCAAAAUGUACAUAUGCACGCCCCUCUCCUGUUGUGUUACGACUGUAUCCUUUGUACGAUCCUCGCUAUCCCUCGCUAUCGUUUGCCUAGGUCUCCUGACGCCUAUAUACCUAAUACAUCAAUGAUCUACAAGCCUCAAUGAGUGAGAAGAUGGUCCGGAGCUGGGACAACUCUUGAUGUUCAACAAUCUUUAUCACCGGCGAUUGCGACUUUGACCCG